UAAGUAUCUCGCCGGAAGCGCGUCGCCGAUCACGCGCAAUCAUCUGUAAUCCGCCUCCGUUUCUCCUUUCUCUCCUCUCACCUAAUCUUAAUCAGAUUGCUUAUAAUGGCGAUUCCAUCCGUGAAGUAGCUCAAGCCAAGUUUGCUUCAUUCAUACUUCUUCAAAUCUCCUUCUCAAACAACAAACACACUCUGCCAUUUGCGUAUAUACAUACGUAAUCUCGCGUAGAGAGGGGGCGACUCGUCUCGUCGACAAUGCUAGAAUGGCUCAAUAUAGACAAUCGGGAACGGAGAGAUUCAGCGGUCGCGGCGUUGGUUACCCUCACUACGCCAACAACGGCGCAGCGUCUUCUUCUUCUGAUCACAUAGCGAUCGGGAUCCGAAACGGCGUCGGAGGAGGAGCGCCUCAGCAAGGGAAGGCUAACCGGUGGAGGCGAUCCGUACGACCUGACAGGAUCCGUCGCCUUGGAAUCGGCUCUGUUGUGUUUGUUCUCUGCCUUGUGCUCGUUGUCACUGUCCUCGCGUACUAUUACAUCUCUGGUUUUGCUAAUAAUGGCUACGAUGAUAAAGGAUUUGAUUCUUAUGAGGGUGAUUUUCUGACGAAUGUGACGAGAAUCGACCCUGCAAAGGUGCUUGAGUUUGGUCAUGGUUCAGUGGUUCAUGGACGAGACUCGAUAUAUUGGGAUAAGGAUGAUAGAAGACGGGAUGAUGAUUAUAAUGAAGAUGAAGUAGAGCAUAAAUAUGUUGAUGUGGAUAGGUCAGUGGCUGAAGUGAAAAAGGAUCCUGUCAAGGGUUUAGAUUUGAAGGGGAUUGGUUUGUACAAUGAAGACGGAAGAAAUGAGUUAAAGAAGUAUGAAGCAGAGUAUCAAGCUUCGCUUGUGAAAGGUGGUGAAUCGUUAAAGAAAAGCGGUGGGGAUCAUGAGGCGGUUGAUAUGGACCCUGAUGAAGAUGAUGCCAUUGAUUCUCAUGAUAGUCAAGGGGAUGAAUACGUUGAUUCUGGGCAUGAUGAGGAUGAAAACGAGGAGCCGCACAAAGAGAAGGAUACCGAGGUUCUCCCUUCCAUGACCAAGCAACAGAAUUCGGAGAAGGAUGAUGUAGCUGCUUCAAAAAGGUCACUUGGGGAUAUAUCUGUUGUUAGUAAGGGUGGUAAGUCCGGGAAAACAUCACGAUCUGAUACUAAGAGAAGAGGCCGGGGUCGCAGAUCUUCAGGUGCAUCUUGUGAGAUGAAGCUAAUGAAUUCAAGUCACCAAAUAGUGGAGCCCUUAAAUACUCGAAAAUCUGCUAGAUUCUCUUUACAGUACAUCGAGACAGAAGAUAAACCUGAUGGGGAAGAACAGUGGGAGCCUAGAUUUGCAGGUCAUCAGAGUUUACAGGAGCGGGAAGAUUCCUUCUUGGUUCAAGACAAGAAAAUUCAUUGUGGCUUUGUCAAAGCCCUCAAAGGUUCUCCAAGUACUGGGUUUGACCUGACAGAAGAUGAUACUAAUUAUAUCAGUCGAUGCCACAUCGCUGUGAUCUCAUGCAUCUUUGGCAAUUCUGAUCGCUUAAGGCCUCCUGCCAAUAAAAUGAUAAGUCGGUUGUCAAGAAAAAAUGUUUGCUUCAUUGUGUUCGUGGACGAGAUUACCAUGCAAACACUUUCUGCAGAAGGACAUGCCCCAGACAGAGCAGGAUUCAUUGGUUUGUGGAAGUUGGUUGUCGUGAAGAAUCUUCCUUACGCAGAUAUGCGGAGGGUAGGGAAAAUACCAAAACUGUUGCCACACCGACUUUUCCCAUCAGCUAGGUACUCAAUCUGGUUGGACAGCAAGUUACGACUUCAGUUGGAUCCCCUACUCAUUCUAGAGUACUUCCUAUGGCGUAAAGGUCACGAGUAUGCUAUAUCCAAUCACUAUGACCGCCAUUGUUUAUGGGAAGAGGUUGCACAAAACAAGAAGCUGAAUAAGUACAACCAUACUGUUAUUGAUCAACAGUUUGAGUUUUACAAGGCUGAUGGGCUGACCAGAUUCAACGCUUCGGAUCCGUUCAAGCUUCUUCCUAGCAAUGUUCCAGAGGGGUCUUUCAUAGUACGGGCACAUACUCCCAUGUCGAACCUAUUCUCAUGUCUUUGGUUCAACGAAGUGGAACGCUUCACUCCCCGGGACCAGCUGAGCUUUGCCUAUACUUACCAGAAACUAAGAAGGAUGAAUCCUGAAAAACCAUUUAAUCUUCACAUGUUCAAGGACUGCGAGAGAAGAAAGAUUGCAAAGUUGUUCCGUCACAGAUCUGAAGAGAAGCGAAACCUUAUACAAGCAGCACUACAACAACAAUAAAACGACCUUCCUUUUUGUCUUUCCUGUAUAUUACACAGUGUUGUCACUUGGAGAAAAGCUUCGUUUUCUUUGCUCCGAUGACUGCAGGAAGAUCCAGAUUGUUUGUACAUUGGACCGAGUCUGUUGCUUGUGGCGAUAACCAAGAGAAGGUAUACGGAAACAAUGUGAGGUGAUUUGUAGAUGUAGGCGGCGUUUAAGAGUUGAAACUUUUGGAAGAAGAAGAAGAAGAGGCUUUGAUUCGAUUAGAUUUAUGAAAAAAGGGUCCUCCAUUUUUAUUCAAUUCAUUGCUUUGUUAUAUUGUCUGUAUCACUAUCAUCAUGCAACAGUAUAUUCCUUACGAAGAUACUACAUUGAUUAUAUUUUCAUCUUUUGAAACAAAAA